AUGUCAGACGAAAAGAAGGGAGUGGGCAUUCUUGGCACCAUCGUAGGCGCUACAAGCAAAGAUGGCAUUGAAUCAUACCCAACUGAUGAGGAAGGCCAUGUUAUGUUACCAUCGUCCUUGUCGCAUCUUUCUGCCGAACAACUAGCUGAAUACGAUGUCAAGCUCCUGAGGAAGGUCGACGGUCGCAUCUUGCCAAUCAUUUUCUUCUUAUAUUUCGCCAACUUCUUGGACAGAACCAAUAUCUCACAAGCUACCAUUGCCAACUCUGAAGUCGGCCACACCAUCUUCCAAACGAUUGGUCUCACUUUGGAUCAAUACAAUUGGGCAAACACCAUCCUUUUCUUCCCUUACGUUUUAUUCGAGUACCCAUCAAAUAUCAUCCUCAAGUGGGCAACUCCCAGUAAAUGGAUUGGUCGUAUUGGAAUAACAUGGGGAAUAGUCGCCAUGACAUUUGGUGCUAUCACUGAUUACAAGGGUCUCUACAUCUGCCGAUUCAUGCUCGGAUUGAUGGAAGCUGGAUUGUCACCCGGUGUUACAUACUACUUGACCUUCUGGUACCGACGAUCUGAACGUGGUUUGAGAUUGGGUGCUUUCUUCUUGGGCGGUUCUUUGUCUGGAGCUCUCGGUGGUCUUUUGGCUGCUGGUAUCUUCCAAUUGGACACCAAGGGUGGUCUUUACGGAUGGCAAUGGACUUUCAUCAUUGAAGGAAUUCCCUCAAUUAUUAUGGGAGUUGUCUGUCUCUUGUGGUUGCCCGACUUCCCCCGUACUACUAAAUGGCUCACACCUGAAGAACGUCAAUACAUGGAGCACCGUCUCACUGGUGAAGCCGGUUCUGACUCUCGAGGAGAUGCUUGGGUCUGGUCUGAAUUCUAUGCCUUCUUGCGCAACCCUCUAUCAUACACUUUCUGUCUCAUCCAAUUCUGUAACUCUGUCGCCGUAUACGGCCCAUCUGCAUACGCUUCAGUCAUUUUAAACACUGCUUUCGGCCCAGUCAAGACUGGUGGUCUCGGUUUCAGUUCCACCGCCAUCGUUGCUAUGGGUUCUUGCACUAACUUCUGGGGUAUCAUAAUGUGUCUGAUUUUGGUCAGUUCUGCUGAUCGAUUCCGUGACAGAUACUUCCAUUUGCUGUUCGGAUAUGCUUGUGUCUUGAUCAGUUUCGCUCUCUUCGCAACUACAUACAACGACAAGCCAUGGACCAAGUUCGGAGCUCUGUUCUUGGCUACAUCUGGAUUGUCCUCUGCUACUCCACUACUGAUGGCAUGGCGUACCGACUCGGCCUACGGAACGACGUACUCAGCAACUGUAACCGCUGUUACACUCGCCUUCGGUAAUAUUGGAGGUGCCGUCGCACCCCAACUGUUCUUCCCAUCUGCCGCACCAUUGUAUUUCACCACUUUCUGGGUCUUGUUCGGCUUGGUCUGUGUCUCUGUGGUCUUGGUCACUGUCAACUAUGCCAUUGAAUACUUCAUCCCUGAAACAUACGGCCCUAACGGACCUUAUCAUUUUAAGGCACGACAUCUGGCUCGACGUGCCUCAUUGGGAACCACUGUCCUGCUCAAAACCCAACUUCGACCCAGUUUCUCACAAAACGUUUAUAAUCUUCCAAUGUUAGCAGGCAACAAGAUAGAUUUAAUUGAAGCUUUAACCGCCCACUCGUUGGCUCUGGAACCUGUAACAGUUGACCAAGAUGUGAUUGUCAACAAGAUCGACUUCGAGUGUGCCCUUUCACGUAUCGCCAUGCACGAGAUGCCGUUCGUCCUUGUCUCAUCAAAUCCAAUUACAGAUCAUACGACUACUAUGGACAAGAUGAACGUGGUGGAGAUUGCUGGUCGGAAAGGAACUCGUUCAAUGUUCCCCAAGUUGAAACCAGAUCGACUCGAGAGCGUCAAGUUUUUGCCCAUUCAGCUCGAUACUGCGCGACAUUUGAUUUCGGAAUUUGCUCUUCAUUACACUACUGAUGACUGUUCUCAACUACAACCAUUAUUGAUCGCUUCAACUCGUCGUCACCCCUCUCAUGGCGAUUCUCAAAAGAUUUAUAUUGGAAUCGAAGCAGAUGACAAGAUGAAUUUGCACAAUCGUCUCGUAGUCGAUGAAGGAAUCUAUGCAGCUGACGAAGACGAGAAUGGAUGCCCUGUUUACACGAACUUGGAGCAUUUCGGCCUUGGAGAUCGAUUAGAGAACUCAUCUGCUCGAGCCAAAUAUGAUAUUCUUACAACAAGUUUGGCUGGUGGCCAAACCAACAUAUUUGUCGAAGGGAAAUGGGAUGGAGCUCAAACUCUCUUUGAAUCUCCACCUGAAUCUUCUUCACUCUUUCUGACUAUUUCUCUGCUCCGUGAAUCUAAAGGAAAGAAUGAAGCGUUCCCAUCAAAGAGUUCCUUAACCGAAGAACUUGAGACACUAGAAGCUUGGAACACCAUAGGCGAAAACUGGGUUUCUUCUGCGUCGAACGAGCCAGUUGCAGAUUAUACCACCAGCUUUUUGAAACAUGUGAAAGAGAACAACCAAUCCUUGUAUCACAUGCCCACAGAACAGGAAGACACAGAGACUCUUGCCUUCAAUCCCAUGCCCGAUAUUCAGAAACGGAAUGAUUAUGACUUUACCGAACAGUUAUGGGACUUUUGUUGUCGUGCAUCCGAUAGCGAUGACUUGAACGAAAUCAUAAUGACCGUAAUGGACGCACUAGAGGAUCUGACAUUACAACCAAUCAUACACAAGAGUAACUUACAAACCGCCUUGGGAGCCUUAUGUCGAGAUUGUCUAAAACUAUCCAAAAUCCAAACAUCACUUGACGCAUCCAAGGAACGAAUAUCCGAAGCAUGUGAUUACUGGAGUGAGAAAGCCAAUGCUAUGGAGUGCAUGGUUGAAGUUGGGAUCAGCAAAUUGAAACGAGACUUCAAAUAUUGGGCAACCAGUUCAGAUGGCGGUCCAUUUGACUUGGAACCAUAUCUUGACGGAGCUCUGCCAUUGACUGAACAGAUAACUGCAAUGAAGCAGUUGAAUGCGGUAGUCUCGCUGCACGAAAGUAUCAAAUCUAAUGUUAACUUGCCACAAGCUGAAAUGAAGAGUCUUGUCUUGGCUGCGUUGGAGCACUUUCGACCGUGUCGUGGAGGAGAUGAAGUACUGCCAGUAGAGUUUCGUAUCAGAAUCGCACCUUUUACUGGCAUCGUCAAAUCUAUGAUUGCUGGACGUGUGCCAGUUGAAUGGAGUGUUACUUUAGAUGGUGAGACUAUUCUUUUUACCAAAACCAACCUCUUUGAUGAAACCGCCUCCAAUGGCACAAAUGAUACAGAUCACGCGGAAGUACCUAAUGAUGACGCGUCCAUUGAGCUGGACCAGGAGUUGGAUGAAAGUGUAGAAAUUGUAAAAAGCUGUCAGUGGAAUGUUGUGCAUGUAAAACAGCAACCCGUGUAG